CAGAUGAUCUCCGAACCAUGCAUGUGAGAAGACUUCAGGGACAAUUUCGUCAUUUAAAGUCCUCCAAACAUAAAUAUGCCCACUGUUACCCUCCUUCUCUCCCUGUUCUGUGCUUCUCAAGACUGUUCGUCUUUCUUCUCUCUUUUUUCUCAAACUCAAAUCAUCUAGAGAGAGAAACUGAUCGAUAUAUAUAGAGAGAGAAAGUUGUUUCAGGGUUUUUACUUUGAAGUACUAAAAAGAAGAAAUUGUCGCAGAGAAGAUGAAAGCUUCUUUUAUCAACCCUCUUUUUUUUAUUUUUUGAAAUAUCAAGAAUUUGGCAGAUGAAAAUUUUUUGAAACUUGAAUUUGAAGUUUUUCUGCAAAAAUCAAGAAAUGCCCAGAUGGGAUUCUAUUGAAAAAUCGAAAAGUUGUGUUCUUGAUUUGAAUUUUUGGGGAAAUUAGAUAGAAAUGGGGUGUUAUUAUUCAAGAUUAGAGAGGGAAGAAAUGGUUUCAAGAUGUAAAGCCAGAAAAAGAUAUAUGAAACAAUUUGUAAAAGCAAGAAAUGCUUUUUCCGCUUCUCACUCCAUGUAUUUAAGGUCUUUAAGGAACACCGGCGCCGCCCUCCUCCAGUUCGCCACCGCCGAGUCGCCGCUCCACUUGCCACCAGUUCUCCCUUCGUCUUCUCCUCCAACACCACCCGCGCCGCCGCCUCCUCCUCCUCCUCCUCCGCCACCCAUGAGUCCAUCUUCGGAAGCAUGGACAACAUCCACCACAAACACCUCCUCGACUCCCCUUCCGCCGCCGCCUCCCCCUCCUCCUCCAUCAUCUACAUGGGAUUUCUGGGACCCGUUCAUGCCGAUGUCCGAGAGGACAGAGACGAUGCGCGAUGACGAAUGGGAGGAUAUGUCCACAAACGCGGCGUCGGAGACUGUGGUAACGACCACCACUGUUGAGUCCGCAAGCGUAGCUGCGCCGCCGUCUGCUGUUAGUGGGUUUUCUAAAAUUACUGUUUCCAACGCCACACAAAACGGGAUGCCGGUGGUUGUUUCGAGUAAAAGCAAGGAUUUGUUGGAGAUUAUUAAAGAAUUGGAUGAGUAUUUUCUCCGGGCGGCGGAUUCCGGCGGAAAACUGUCGGCUUUGUUGGAGGUUCCGACUUGCACCUUUCCUAACGAAACACCCUCAGGUAAAAUUCAUGGGUAUGGGUUAAAUUUAAACCCGUUUUUGUGCUCAUGGAGCUCAAGCGGGAGGUCUAUGAAGUUUAAUUGCGAUGGAAUGAGUGCAGUUGAUGGUAUACAUAUCCCCGGAAGUCAUCGUUCUACGGUUGAGAGAUUGUUUGAAUGGGAAAAAAAGCUAUUUGAUGAGGUUAAGAAUGCUGAGAGUUUGAAAAUGGAGCAUGAGAAGAAAGUGGAACAACUUAGGAAACUCGAGUUGAAGAGAGGCGAUUACAUGAAAACCGAGAAAGCAAAGAAAGAAGUCGAAAAAUUGGAGUCAAGAAUUACGGUUUCGGGACAAGCUAUCGAGUCAACAUCACAGGAAAUUGUUAAACUUAGAGAAACCGAACUUUACCCACAGCUUGUUGAGCUUGUUAAAGGAUUAAUGUCAAUGUGGAGAAGUUUAUACGAAAGCCACCAAGUCCAAACACACAUAGUCCAACAGCUGAAGUACAUCACCACCGCCGUCCCAUCAACCGCCACCACCACCGAAAUCCACCGUCAGUCAACUCUCCAACUUGAGCUCGAAGUCAAACAAUGGCACCUCUCCUUCUGCAACCUAAUAAAAAGUCAACGAGACUACAUCCAAUCAUUAACCGGAUGGCUUCGCCUCAGCCUUUUCCAAUUCACCAAAAACUCAUCUUCCCAAAACAAACAAGACUCCGCAAUCUACACCCUUUGUGAAGAAUGGCAACUUGCAGUCGAUAAUGCCCCUGACAAAGUCGCCUCAGAGGGGAUCAACUCCCUUUUAAGUGUCGUUCAUGCGAUUGUGGUGCAACAAGGGGAGGAGAUGAAGGAGAAGAGGAGGGCAGAUUUGUCAUUUAGGGAGGUUGAGAAGAAAACGUCGGAGCUUCGGGGUUUGGAAAGUAAGUAUGGGAGUGGUGAUAGGGUUGUGGAUAAACGGGGUAAAGUGGAGGUGUUGAGGGCAAAAGCGGAAGAAGAGAGGGGUAAAUAUGAAAAAUCGAGAGGGGUAACAAGGGCAAUGACUUUGAAUAAUUUACAAAUGGGGUUACCACAUGUUUUUCAAGCUGUUACGGGGUUUGCUAAUGUUUGGACACAUGCUUUUGAAUCGGUUUGCAAUCAAGCGAAAGUUUUGGAGGAGGUUCAUGAUGUGAAGAGGAUAAUGAAUUAG